UAUAACGCACUGACCAAGGAUAUUCUGUAAUAUGGAUUCAUCUGACGAUUCGAGGCUACUAGAAAACCAGAAAGGAAAACGCAGCAACGGUGGACAUCAAACAGCUUUGUCUGUGUCCAGUCAUCAUGCCCAGGUGUUGCUACGGGGAAUACCUUUGGGCUACAUAGAUCGCACAGGUCACUUAAGUGUUUGGAACGCCUCAAAGUUGAUAACUGAAACUAUUAGUAUAAUGAAUCAACGUGGAUUCUACCAUAAUAAAGACGUUGGCAAUGAAACUCGACGUUUGUUCCUUGGUCGACAAAAGCUGGUAUUCUCUCCUCGCUUACACUCGGAUAUCUCCAAAAUAAUGGACACAAAUAUUUUGGUGAACGCUACCCCUGGAAAAGUAGGUAAAUCAUCAAAGACAAUGAACAUGAAAAUAACCGACGAAAGUGGCGUCAUGCUUAUAAAGGGUACUUUUACUGCAAUUCUGUUUGACACGGAAACAAAACGGGCAGUACCGUUCCCAAAAUGGUACGUCGAAAAGUUUAACUCUACUUUAAGCUAUGAUGACAAUGGUCACAUACAAGCCAAGAACGAUGUUCCUUCAUACGCUUACAAAACCCAGCUAAAAGUGCGCCACAGUGAUAUGGAUUCAAACAUGCACGUUUCAAAUACGGAAUAUUUGCGUUAUUGCAUGGAAACAGCUACAGACGCCUCUUUAUCCGGUUACUACAAUAAAUAUCGUCGGGACAUGUGUUGGUACCCAUUAUUAGAACUUGAUAUUUCAUAUCUCGCGGAGUCUCGUGCCGGUGAGAUGUUGGACAUCUAUACCUGGCAGGACCAAAAUGAUAUUCACUUCAUAUACUUUGCCAUACAUCGAGACGGUACUGCCAUUGCCGUGGCCGCUUUCGAAUUUGGAUUUGAUGAAGUUACAUCUAGUAACCUUUAACAAAAAAUAUACAGGAGAUUUUAUAAGAUAAGUUUAUGAUAAUUGGUAAGUGUUGAUGAUUAUCAUUAAAGAUAAAGACAGCGUGUACACUUCCCGUCACAGAAAUGCAUAAAAUGAUAUGCACUGUAGAAAAAUAUGUGUAAUAGGUCCAUUCAAAUACAUUGUACAUGUACCAUAUACGUAUGGCAGGACCGCCUAUUGUACCAGUGUGCUAUGCAGAAAAAUAUUGUACCAGUAUGUUAUGCAGAAUAACAUUGUACCAGUAUGCUAUGCAGAAUAACAGUGUACCAGUAUGCUAUGCAGAUUAACAUUGUACCAAUAUGCUAUGCAGAAUGAAACCACUGAAACAUAAGAAGCCUGCACAUCAUAUCUUCACCCUUUCAUUUACAGUAAAACACAAGAGAAAUUCACAUGCGUAUACAUCCUUCUAAACCCCUAUGGACCUAUAUUUAGCUAAAUCCGGCAAUACUUCACAAUACAGAAGCAAGAAAAUGGUGGCCAUUUUUUUCGGCAUAGCCGUAUAAUGUUCUUUUGGCCCCGGACAUGACGCGACAGGUGACUUUACUGAUCAAGAUGAACUACGUGAUUGGUCAAUGUAGCGGUAAAUGCAAAAUGCAGAUUUGCAGUUAAAAGCGAAACAAUGUUAAGAUUGAAUGCAAGCUGAAUAAGUGGAUGUAUCUUUUCAAAUGACACAUGGAUAAAAUUGUAUUCCUGAUUCAAAUGCAGUCCUGUUAUCGCCAAAAAAUGAUUCAAACUGAUAUAAGUUUGUUGUCCGUGCUGAAACGCAUUAAUUAGUUCGCUAAUUUAUUUCAUCGGCAGUUUUACAUUAUAACCACCAGCAUUAAAACUAUGCCGUUUAUCUUUUUAAAAGAUAUUUCUUGUUUAAAUACCAUACCUAGACGAUAUACCAACCUUUAUCAUGCUAAGAAUAUAUAGAUAAAAUGGUAGUUUAUUCAUGUUUGUUUCAUACAGAAAGAAUGAUACAAGCGAAAGUCUCGUACUUCCCUACGUCCGUAUUAACAUAUAGGUUAUCGGUUAUUGACGUGUUAAAUGGCAUGUUGUAUUUGGCAUUGAUGCACGACAGGUAUUAAAACAUUUGAUAAUACUUGUAUGUACUUUAUCCAUGGGAACUGAAACGUUUAGGUCCCUACAGAUUAAGUAAAACUAGGAGGUUUUUUUUACAGCGUUCGUCUCAUUUGUUUAUUAUUAUAAGAUAUCGUUCAUUUUCAUUAAUAACCACUCGUCAUACGAAAUGUUUAUCUGUUUAUCAAUGAAUAUGUUUGUUAUAAAAUAAUUAAAUCCUUACCGUGUCCAUGCGAACGUCUCGUUUCGAUUAAAUUAUACAAUGAAAGUAUGUCUCUGUAUCAUUGUAAGGUAGUAUUCAUUGUCAUUUUAUGUUGGACAGGCUUAUUGCAAUACAUAAACUUACUAUGUGAAUGUCUCAGUCUAAAAAAAGAAUACAAUGGAAACAUUAUUCAUGCUCUUGUCUCCAUUUGUCCGUAUUAUCAAAUAAAUAUAUAAUUGUCUAUUUUCAAAUUGAUAUAAAUGUGUAUUAUUGUCUAAUUUCAAAUUACUAUAUUAUUGUCUAUUUCCAAAUUAAUACAUUAUUGUCUCU